AUGGCCGACAAAAUCACUCGUAUAGCUAUUGUAGAUUCGAAUCGAUGCAAGCCAAAACGAUGCGCGCAAGAAUGCAAAAAGUCAUGUCCAGUGGUGAAGAUGGGCAAGCUCUGUAUAGAGGUCAAGCCGACCGACAAGAUUGCAUUCAUAUCCGAAUUCCUAUGCAUCGGUUGUGGUAUCUGCGUCAAAAAAUGCCCCUUUGAGGCAAUAGCGAUCAUCAAUCUACCAACGAACCUCGAGUCUGAAGUCACACAUCGAUACACAGCGAACGCGUUCAAACUACACAGACUGCCGACACCGCGGCCUGGGCAGGUGCUGGGUCUCGUGGGCACGAACGGUAUAGGGAAGAGCACUGCGCUGAAAAUCCUGGCGGGGAAGGUGAAGCCGAACCUUGGGCGGUACGAUGAUCCGCCGGAUUGGCAGGAAAUCCUCAAAUACUUCCGCGGGUCAGAGCUGCAGAACUACUUUACAAAGGUGCUCGAAGAUAAUCUGAAGGCACUGAUCAAGCCGCAAUAUGUGGACCACAUACCGCGGGCGAUCAAGGGGACUAUGACGGUGUCGCAGAUGCUGGACUCGAAGCUGGAGCGGGACAACAAGCAGGAGAUGUGCGAUGAGCUAGAGCUGAACAAGGUUCUCGAACGUGAGGUUGGGCAGCUGUCUGGUGGAGAAUUGCAACGGUUCGCAAUCGCGAUGUCGUGCAUCCAACGGGCGGAUGUGUAUAUGUUUGACGAGCCGUCGAGUUAUCUGGAUAUUAGGCAGCGGUUGAAGGCGGCUGAAGUUAUUCGUGGCCUGCUAACCCCAGACUGCUACGUCGUGGCCGUCGAGCACGAUCUGUCUGUUCUGGAUUACCUCUCCGAUUUCAUUUGCUGUCUAUACGGCAAACCCUCCAUGUAUGGUGUCGUCACCAUGCCUUCAUCAGUCCGAGAAGGAAUCAACAUCUUCCUCGACGGUUUCAUCCCUACCGAGAAUCUGAGAUUCAGAGAGGAGUCGUUAUCGUUCAAGAUGGUCGAGACGGCGGAGGAGCUCGUCGUCGACAAGACACGGCACUACUCCUACCCAUCCAUGACCAAGACCCUAGGCGGCUUCAAACUCACGGUCGAAUCGGGCACGUUCACCGAUUCCGAAAUCAUCGUCAUGCUAGGCGAGAACGGGACAGGGAAGACGACGUUCGUGCGGUUGCUUGCAGGUGACAAGCCGGAUAAUGAAGCGGACACGCUGUCGCUGGCCGUGUCGCUCAAGCCGCAGACGAUAUCGCCCAAGUUCCCCGGUACCGUGCGGAUGCUGCUGCUGAAGCAGAUCAGGCAGGCGUUCAUGCACGCGCAGUUCCAAACGGACGUGCUCAAGCCGAUGAAUCUGGAGAAUAUCAUGGACCAGGAGGUGAAGACGUUAUCUGGUGGAGAGUUGCAGAGAGUCGCCAUCGUGCUUGCCCUAGGCAAGCCGAACGUGUCUGUCUAUCUUCUUGACGAACCUAGCAGUUUCUUGGAUUCCGAACAACGUAUUAUUGCUAGCAAAGUCAUCAAAAGGUUCAUCCUCCACGCUAAGAAGACCGCGUUCGUCAUCGAGCACGAUUUUAUCAUGGCGACAUACUUGGCCGAUCGUGUCAUUGUCUUCGAGGGUCAACCAGCCGUCUCGGCUACCGCCACCCCGCCACAAACACUCUUAUCGGGAAUGAACAGAUUCCUCGCCUCGCUCGAGAUCACGUUCAGACGCGAUCCCACUAACUACCGCCCACGCGUGAACAAGCGACACAGUGUCAAGGACAGGGAGCAGAAAGCGAGCGGGAACUACUUCUUCCUCGAAGAUUAA